AUGGACGGUGACCCGGCUGUUGAGUCAGAGAUUGAUUCAUUCAGUCUCGUGCUCCCUCUUCCAUACCGAGUCGCCAUCAUUAUUGUCCUUGGAAUAUGGGCGUGGGGUCUUAACCUCCAUUAUUUACACCUCGUCAAGAUCGACGUCCCGGCCCUCAUUCGAUAUCCCGCCCGUCAAACACAUAACAGCAUUCUUCACCAUCAGUCGACAUACAGGCUGGCCACACUCCUUUCUAUCCCUCUGACUGUCUCCCUCCUGCUCUUCUGGACGGUCACCCAUGGCUCCAAGAGCGCGGCACUCUCAUGGCAGAUCUUACCACAAUCUUACCUCCUGUUCCUCGUUCUUUGCUUUAUCGUUCCGGUCAAACGCAUGUCUCGGUCGGGCCGACUUCAUUUCUUGACAACCUUGAAAAGAAUCAGCCUAGGUGGGCUAGCAGAGGUUCAGGAUGGAAAAUUCGGUGACAUUAUCCUGGCUGAUGUCCUUACGAGCUAUGCUAAAGUACUGGGCGAUCUUUUUGUUUCGACCUGCAUGCUGUUGUCGUCCAAGACAGCCAGCACUGCUAAACCGAAUCGUGGGUGUGGCGGCGCGUUUCUGGUGCCGUUGGUUAUUAGCAUACCAAGCAUGAUUCGGCUCCGUCAGUGUUUGAUUGAGUUCCUUCGUGUGCGGCGCAAUAGGACUGUUACAUCGGGAUGGGGCGGGCAACAUUUGGGAAAUGCGCUGAAAUACUCGACUGCGUUUCCAGUCAUUAUUCUGAGCGCCAUGCAACGAGAUUAUGACCCGAAAAAGAUGAACAUGACUGAAGCAGGGUUGUUUAGGUUGUGGUUACUGUUUGUUUUCCUGAAUUCGUUCUACUCGUUUUACUGGGAUGUGGCCAAGGAUUGGGAUCUAUCACUCUUUUCCUCGAGUCGAGAAAGAAACAAUCCCGAACACCCAUACGGCUUGCGACGACACCGGUAUUUUCACGCCCAGCAAAUGUAUUAUACAGCGAUCGGCAUAGACCUGCUACUUCGGUGCACUUGGAGUUUCAAACUUUCGCCACACUUAGAUCACUUUAACGAUCUCGAAGGCGGGAUUUUCUUGAUGGAAAUACUGGAGGUAAUGCGCAGGUGGAUGUGGAUUUUCUUCCGGGUCGAGACUGAAUGGGUUCGAAAUAAUCGUGGCCCGGCGCCUGAUGAUAUACUGUUGGGGGAUUUUGCGGGCAAGAUAGACGAUGAUUAA